AUGCCCACGAAUUCCCAAGAACCGCCGCAGACGGUGCGCUUCAGCGAUGUCAACCAAGAGAUCGAACCCGACAGCGCGCUGCAGCAUGUGGCGACCCUCAGCGGUACAGGCGAACAGGCAAAGGAGGCCCUCAGCCCCGAGGCAGAACAGGAGAUCAGGAACCUGUCAAUGACGCUACAGAAGUCUCGGUGUCAGGCCCGGCGCAUGGAGAACUUCUCAUAUGAGCCCGUCUCCCUUCCCGCCUCAAGAGCUCCAUCGCCCUCUCCAGCGUCGCGUACGCCCUCGGCUCAUUCCGCCCACCGCGGCUCAACUGGUCCUCGUCCAUCCCCUCCCGUCUCCGCAAUGCAUUCACCGCCGCUGACUCCAGCAGGCACAUCUUCGCAAGAUGAAAAGCCUGUCAUUGCUGGAGAGCAGAGGAAAGAUCCGGCCAUGAUGACCCCGCAAAUCUCCCCUCCCCACGAACCGCCGCCUACGUCGAUGGAUGCAGUGCAUAGCAGCAACGAGAGGAGACCUCAGUCGCUUGCGGUACCUCACUCACCCAGGUCGUCUCCGCAGUCUCCGCGACCAGCAUCCAUAUCUGACAUGCCAGGCGUCGUUGGACCGCACCUGAAGCAUCCUACCAGCUUCCAGGUUGGCCCGACAGGUGACUCAGUGCCUCCGUCCCGCGACGUAAGCCCAUCCGGAUCAGCCGGAGGUCGGACCCCGGGACAGCAUUCGCCAGGAACAUCGACACCGGUGUACAGCAGACCAUUUACUCCAGCAGGUGACAGAGAUGACCCAUACUCUCGUGCCAAACGCCCGCCGCAGCCUAGGAAUUUAGACGCUCUUGACGCUCGGUUUGUCUUUGGUGGCGCUCAGGGCCGGAGACCCAACCACUCGCCCACGGCAUCCUCCACCACGUUGCCUCGCUCGAGGGGAACUGCUUUAGAAAACGAGCACAAAAGGUCGAGUUUGUUCGGCGGUAAUUCGAAACCUCACGAUCGCCAUGGCUCGGCCGACGACAGCGACCACCGGUCUGCCAUCGGCAAACAACACCAUCACGGCUCCAUGUCCGAAUUGAAACGAUUCUUCAAGCUCGGGGGGCAUAAACAUAAAGAUAAGGAUAAGCAUAAGCGCGGUCAGUCGCCAGCACCAUCUAUGAGAGAGAGAGGGACCAAGCCAAAGAAGACCGGGACCAUGACUCCACCGAUCUCCCAUGGCUCGGUUGCUGUCCCUUUUGCAGACGAUCACGGGCUUCAGAGCAAGUACGGAAAAUUCGGUAAAGUGCUUGGCUCUGGCGCCGGAGGCUCGGUGCGUCUGAUGAAGAGAAGCAGCGAUGGAGUCACGUUCGCUGUGAAGCAGUUCAGGCCGAGACACUCAUAUGAAUCAGAAAAGGAGUACAACAAGAAGGUCACGGCAGAAUUCUGCAUAGGAUCCACCUUGCAUCACGGCAAUAUUAUCGAGACCAUGGAUCUCGUAAGCGAGAAAGGGAACUACUACGUCGUGAUGGAAUACGCGCCCUACGAUCUCUUCGCGAUUGUGAUGACUGGGAAAAUGAGUCGCGAGGAGAUCAGCUGCUGUACGCUCCAGAUUCUGAGCGGAGUGACUUAUCUGCACGGCAUGGGUUUAGCGCACCGAGACCUGAAGUUGGAUAAUGUGGUGGUUAACGAGCACGGUAUCAUGAAGAUUAUCGAUUUUGGGAGUGCUGCUGUGUUCCGGUAUCCUUUUGAGAACGACAUUGUGCUCGCGAGCGGCAUUGUUGGCUCAGAUCCCUAUUUGGCGCCAGAAGUCUACGACAUGUCGAAGUACGACCCGCAACCCACGGAUAUCUGGUCUCUGGCUAUUAUUUUCUGUUGUAUGACGUUGCGCCGCUUCCCAUGGAAAGCCCCGCGUGUCUCCGACAACUCCUACAAGCUGUUCGUCUCCCCGCCGAAUGAUGGACCGAGAUCUAUCACGCAUCCCUCGAAGUCGGCUACAGACCUUAGUUCGGAGGCGGGAGACGACGAUCGUCGUAAAUACGGGCCGCAGUCCGAACCUGCUUCUCGUCAACCAUCGGAUCAAUCAGCUGCCACACAUCGCCACCAUCAUCGCAAAGAUGCUGCUCACUCGGAACCCGUGACCAACGAGGGUCGCCCAACCUCCUCUCCGGCUAAUGGCCAGAACAAGGAACAGCAGCCGCCUCAGGUGAUCAAGGGUCCAUGGCGGCUUUUGCGGCUCCUGCCUCGGGAGAGUAGACACAUCAUCGGCAGGAUGCUCGAAGUGGACCCGAAGAAGCGCGCUACCCUAGAUGAAAUCCUCGAAGACAAAUGGGUGAAGAACAGCCAAGUGUGCUCGCAGGAAGAAGGCGGGAGGGUGCUGCGGGCGGAAAACCACGAGCAUACGCUUGAGCCUGGCUCUGGAUCCGCGUCAGCGCCGAACACGCAGCAGAAGAAGUAA